AUGUCCUCAUUCUCUGAGACCGAUGAAAGGACGCCUUUGCUGUCCGCGCGCGCGGCUGGCGUCGUUGAAGAAAGUUCAGAUUUUCCCCAUCCAGCAACCAGCGACCGACCGCUCGGCCAUUUCCGUGUGGAAAUUUUCAGUUUGUUGAAGCACUCCGUACCAGUGAUUCUGGCGUACACACUCCAAAACAGUAUCCAAACAAUAUCCAUACUCAUUGUCGGCCGAUUGGGGCCGCAUGAACUUUCUGUGGCGGCGUUCUCGUUGAUGCUGGCCUUCGGUGCCCUUGGAGGAACGACCGCACUUGAUACCCUCGGAUCUCAGAGCUUCACAGGCGGGAAGCGGAAGACAGACCUGUCAAUUCACUUUCAACGAUGCCUAGUUCUCUUGUGGAUCUUGUUCAUCCCCGUCGGCGUUCUGUGGGCGAAAAUCGAACCAGUUCUCUUAGCUCUAGGACAGGAUCCUGCCAUCUCGCGGGACACUCAGACUUAUCUUCGCGUUAUGCUUUUGGGUGCUCCUGCAUAUAUCGCUUUCGAGAGCUUGAAAAAGUAUUUGCAGUGUCAAGGAAUCAUGCAGGCGCCCACCAUAGUUCUCGCCAUCGUUUCGCCCAUAAACGUGGGUCUGAACAUCCUGUGUAUCUAUAGCGCUCGCAUAGGUCUUCUCGGGUCUGCAGUCGCUUUAUCGUGCACCUACUGGAUCGCCUUUGCGAUGCUCGCGAUAUUCACAUUGUUCAGUCCUGCCCAUGCUCACAACAAAACCUGGGGCGGCAUCCAUCUCCAUCUUGUCUUCGAAUGGAGGAGCUGUCUUACAUUCCUGAAGCUCGCUAUACCAGGUAUCCUUAUGGUCGGAACGGAAUGGGCUGCUUUCGAGAUCGUAGCCCUUGCGGCUGGCCGGUUGGGGCCUCUCGCGCUCGCUGCGCAAUCGGUGAUUAUGACUACCGACCAGAUCCUGAACACCAUACCGUUUGGCAUUGGAGUUGCUGCCUCAAUCCGGGUAGGAAACUUGAUUGGAGCGAGGUCUGCCGCUGGAGCGAAGUUUGCUGGACAUAUGUCCGCACUUCUGAGUGUCGUAACAGGCCUCAUUGUCAUGGUCGUCCUCAUGUGUGCCAAAGACGUUUACGGAUACAUCUUUAGCGAUGAUGAAGAUGUCAUUCGACUGGUCAGCAAGGUUAUGCCUCUUGUGGCGUCCUUCCAAAUUGCGGACGGUCUCGCUGGCUCGUGCGGAGGUGUCUUACGUGGCCAAGGUCGCCAGCACCUCGGCGCUUUCUUCAACCUCGUUGCGUACUAUGUCCUCGCGCUUCCCAUGGGUAUUUCCCUCGCCUUCCGUUAUGAUCUCGGCCUUCAGGGCCUUUGGAUCGGUCAAGUGGUCGCGCUAUUCCUCGUCGGACUGGGAGAAUACGGUGUCGUGUGGUUUGGGACAAACUGGGAGAAAGAAGUCGAGAAAGGAAUAGAAAGGAACAACGCGGAAGAUGCGGUAAUGGACUGA